GAGUGCCGAGUGCGGCACGCUCGAUAAAUCAGCGCACAACUCGAAGACAGCCCCAAAACACCUACAACAACAACAAGAACAACAAGAACGACUAAGGCAUUGCUGACAGACAGGCAGACAAGCAACUUAUUUGUUAGGUUUACGAUUUCGGAAAUGCCGCCUUAAUUGUUUAGCGCGUUGGCAGACGCGCGACGGAAGAUGGGAGGAGGAAGGACUAAGCAGGAAUUCCUGUGAAACAAAAAGGCCGCAGGUACAGCGAGUACUUGCCGGCUAAAUUUAAAAAACAAGCAAACGCUGACUAUAUAAAUCAGGGAUCAAGUCCAUUUCAAGUGAGAGAGCGGAGCGAGUGAUAUUUCCUCAGGGGUUAGGUAGUUGAAUCGAGAGUUGAGCGUUGAGCGUUGAGCGUUGAGAGAGGGAGAGAGACAGAGGCUACCUAACCCUGUAGAUUGAGUGCAUAAUUUAUGUACAGCACAUGCAUAAGUCGAAAGGAGAACCGGAGAGCGAUAAUCAGAGAGAGAGAGAGAGCGUGUUCAGGGUCCUACCGGGGUUGACAAUCGAAUCACUUUCGGGCUGCUGCCUCAGUUCACAUUUUGUCAGAGAGCAACGCGCACUACGGAAAAUCCUACCAUAAAACGCCGAAACUGUGAAACGGGGAAAAAACGAAAUCAAAACAAAGCAGUGAAAAAUAUGUGAAAAAUGUGUUCAAGCAUUUUCAUUGUUUUUUUUAAUGAAAAUUAAUCAAUCAAGCGUAGCAAAGCGCAGCCAUAAAUAUGGAACGUCGCCGUGCCAUGAGCACUUAUGCCAAGCUGAAGGAGAAGCAGCAGCAACAGCAACAACAACAACAGCAGUUUCUUGAUAACAACAACGACAGCGAACAGGAUGAGAACGAGAAUGAGGACGAGCUGCCAGCACUGAGUCGCUCACAUUCGAUGCGUGCCUCCCUGCGGCGUCUGAAGAGCAAACUUCAUAGCCCCGCCCUGGCGAUGCAAUCGCCCUUUAAGCUGCGCGCCCAUUUGCAUUCACGCAGUCGCAGUGGCAACAACAGCAACAGCAACACCAACAGUAAAAGAGCUCUGCAUAAAUCGAAAGUUGUGAAAGCGUUGCGUUUGUGGCAGGACAUCGAUGCGGUUACCGUGGUAACCAAAGUGAAGGGAGAGUUUGUGCCGCUCAAGAAAUCAGCCAUGCAGCACUCCGAUCAUGAACUUGGCAUUGAGCAGCUGAUGUCGUCGCUGCCCGUUGGCGUUUCAUUGCCACGCAAGGCAUGCAAACUACUGCAAAUACCCGAGAGCUACUGUCGCAGUCCCAAGUUGGCACCGCAGGCCACACUCGACUCGGAUCUGGAGCGCACUCUGUGCAUUGAGUCGCCGAAGAACAACAAAACGGAUUCAGUGCUGGCAGACAUCACACGACACGCCCAGCAGGGCAUCUAUGGAUCAACGCGCAUGCGCACAGCCACCAUAAGGAAACCGAUGCCAUAUCUGAACAGUCAUGCUACCAGAUCGAUAGCAACAACAAGGGCAACAACAGCAGUGGCUCAACGCCGCAGAAGCUGCAGAUGAGCAGCUGCCUGCGCUCGCCGGCGGUUUUCAUACGCCAGAAAUCGUUUCACACGCUCAACGAGCUCACCAAGUUCUGUCAGCUCAAGUCGCCAACAAGCGUGUCAACUGCUGCCUCAGUUGCUCCUCCCGUUGCUACGAUGACGAUGAU